AUGCUAUUAAAUGCUAAUAUUUGGAAAUAUUUAACUGGAAUUAUUUUACAUUUUUUGAUCAUUAUUAAACCUUUAUCAAGUCAAGGUGUAUCGUGCUAUAAAUGUAUGACAACAGAUCCAACGAAUGAUGCUUGUCGAGAUCCAUUUUCAUCGUUGCUUAAUCCAAUUCAAAAUGAUUGUCAAGCUACAUCAGUAGGAAAAAUUGGAACAUUUCCAGCACGAUAUUGUGUUAAAAUUACUGGUCGUGUUACAAGUGUUGAUCCAAAUGCGAAUGCUUCUUAUUUGAAUGCUAUUCUUUAUUAUCGUACAUGUGUUAUUGAUAAUAUAAUGGAUUCAACAAAAUCAUUAGAAACAACUGGUAAUUUUCGUUUACAAGGUUUGCAAGGUAUGCAAGGAUCGAUACGAUUGCAAGGUUUUAUGUCACUUUGUACAGCUGAUGGAUGUAAUCAUUCAAAUCUAUUACAUUCAUCCUUAUCAACUAUUAUUAUAAGUUUAUUGUUAACGAGAUAUAUCAGUGGAUUUUAUUACUAA